UGAAUUUUUACCUUCUUGACCCUUCAAUAUGUUUAAAAAUCUUCUUUAUAGACGAGACGAUUGUGCAUUUGUUAUUUCUGAAAGCGUUUUGUUUUUAUUCGCCUUUCUGACAAUAAUUCAUCUGGUCUGGGGCCUACAUCAACCAUCGCAGGAUGGAUGGAGGGAAGGCUCCCAAUGUGACUUUCGAGUCUGGAUCAUCAGACUCGCCUCCACAGGGGUCUCAAAUCGAAGACCGGCCACCAGAGGAUGCUAGGAGAGAGAAUAACUUCGGAUCUAUCUAUACAGAUGAUCAAAGUGUUCUCUCCUCAACUCCCACGCGGACUUCUUCUACAGCUGGACAGCCACGGCGGGACAGUAUCUCCGAUAUACGACCAGGGGAUCCAGAAGUCGAUCCUGCAAACCCGGCAUUCGAUGUGUACAAAUGGGCCAAAUGGUUGAUUAGGCUAUAUGAGACUGAAGGCAUACAGCGUAGUCAUGCCGGCAUCGUUGUGAGAGAUCUCGAUGUUUCCGGGACGGGGUCUUCAGUUCAAUUGCAAGAGACUGUGUCAUCGGCAAUAUGGACCCUUUUCACGUUUUGGAGAGACUUGGGGAGGAAAAAGGGCCCCGCUAAAAAAAUCUUGCGCAAUUGUUACAGCUUGCUCAAGAGUGGAGAGACGCUUCUUGUGCUGGGCAGGCCUGGUAGCGGAUGUUCAACGUUUCUAAAGACUAUGACAGGAGAACUAGAUGGCUUGGAAGUGGCUGGGAAGUCGUCAAUCCACUACAGCGGGAUACCGCAGCACGUGAUGACCAAGGAAUUCAAAGGGGAUAUUAUUUAUAAUCAAGAAGUCGACAAUCAUUUUCCGUAUCUUACCGUGGGCCAGACCAUGGAGUUUGCAGCAGCAGUCACAACUCCACACAACCGGCCUCUUGGGGUCUCAAGGAAGAUAUACACUCAGCAUAUUGCUCAAGCCAUGAUGGUAAUUUUUGGUCUGAGCCAUACCUAUAAUACCAAAGUUGGAAACGACUUUGUGCGAGGCGUGUCUGGCGGGGAGCGGAAGCGCGUCAGCAUCGCCGAAAUGUCUGUUCGUGGAGCAGUCUUUUCCUGCUGGGAUAAUAGCACUCGCGGGCUUGAUGCCGCCACAGCGCUCGAGUUUGUUCAAGCUUUGACGCUAGAUGCAAAUGUUGCUGGCAAUUGUCACUGUGUGGCCAUCUAUCAAGCGUCCCAAGCCAUCUAUAAUACUUUUGAUAGAGUUACGAUUCUCUAUGAGGGCCGUCAAAUCUACUUUGGCCCAACGGAUAAUGCGAAAAGAUAUUUUGAGGAGAUGGGCUGGAGUUGUCCACCGAGGCAAACUACACCGGAUUUUCUCACAUCAAUAACGAACCCUGAUGGCCGAACUCCAAGAGCGGGAUACGAAAGUCGCGUGCCAAGAAGCGCAAAGGAAUUUGAGAGGUACUGGCAUUCGUCAGCCGAAUUUUCUGCGCUGCGAAGGCAGAUCGACGAACAUGAACGCAAAUUUCGGAUCGGUGGCCGCCUUGUGGACGAGUUCCGAGCAUAUAAGAGAUCCAUGCAAUCCAAAUAUGUCCGAAAAGGCUCGUCUUGUCUCUCCAGCAUCCCCAGGCAGAUCUUUCUCUGCACUAUUAGAGCUUACCAGCGGCUGUGGAACGACCAAUCUGGAACAAUAACUAUUAUCUUAUAUCAGAUCUGCAUGUCGCUUGUUGUGGGAUCGGUCUAUUUCGACACACCUGCUACCACGGCGGGACUCUUCGCCAAGGGAUCUGUCCUGUUCUAUGCUAUCCUUUUGAAUUCCUUGCUUCCCAUUACCGAAAUCAAUCGUCUUUACGAUCAACGACCAAUUGUCCAAAAACAUGCCUCGUAUGCAUUCUAUCAUCCGUUUGUAGAAGCGCUUGCAGGCGUUGUCGCCGACAUUCCCGUGAAGUUUAUCGUCUCAACCUUCUUCAACAUCAUUAUAUAUUUCCUCUCAAGUCUCCGAAGAGAACCUUCGCAGUUUUUUAUAUUCUUCUUGUUCAACUUUCUGGUGCUGCUUACAAUGUCCGCCAUAUAUCGUACUGUGGCUGCGUCAACAAAGACUCUGUCGGAAGCAUUUGCAAUAUCUGGAAUUCUUGUCUUAGUGAUAGGCAUGUAUACCGGAUUCACAAUUCCCCGACCUUAUAUGCCACCAUGGUUCGAAUGGAUAUAUUACUUGAACCCGGUAGCAUAUGCUUUCGAGGCCGUUUUGGUUAACGAGCUACAUGGACGGUAUUUCGGUUGCUCGCAAUUCGUGCCUUCGUAUCCAGACCUGUCUGGCGAUGCCUUUAUAUGCGCUGUCACCGGCGCACGGCCAGGGGAUCGAUCUGUAUCUGGAGACGCGUUUGCUCUUGCAAGUUACGGCUACCGAUACUCGCACUUGUGGCGCAACCUAGGAAUCAUCAUAGCUUUUGAAGCGGCAUUCCUAGGCUCUUAUCUGGUUGCAUCAGAGUUUAAUUCGCUCCCCCCAUCAAAGGUGCAGUCUUUGAUAUUCCGACGAGGAUAUGCCCCGAAACCCGUUAGCACCAAAGAGGUUGAACGAGGAGAUGUGGACGAAGAACCCGUCCAAACGACCAAUUUUCAUGAACCUGAACAACUGGGAGCACCCGCGGUAGGAGAAGUAUCUCAAGGGUCUUCUCAUAAGGAUGUCUUUUCUUGGAGGAAUUUGCAUUACGACAUUGUUAUCAAGGGCGAGCCCAGAAAGCUUCUUGACAAUGUAGCAGGAUACAUUAAGCCAGGGACUUUAACCGCUCUCAUGGGCGUUAGCGGCGCUGGUAAAACCACUCUUCUUGAUGUUCUUGCACGCCGGACAUCAGUCGGGGUAGUCACUGGCGAUAUAUUAAUAAACGGCAAACCCACCGAUGCCAGCUUCCAACGGCGGACUGGCUAUGUUCAGCAACAGGACGUACAUCUGGAAACAUCGACAGUUCGUGAGGCUCUCCGCUUUAGUGCACUCCUUCGGCAACCAAAAACGGUGUCUAAGAAAGAAAAAUAUGACCAUGUUGAAGAUGUGAUCAGAAUGCUCCAAAUGGGAGACUUUGCUGAGUCGGUCGUCGGGGGACCUGGUGAAGGUCUGAAUGUAUUGCAGCGAAAGCUUCUAACGAUCGGGGUCGAGCUUACUGCAAAACCAUCCCUUCUCAUCUUUCUCGAUGAACCUACAAGUGGUCUCGACUCUGACAGUGCAUGGGAAAUCAUUGCCUUUUUACGUCGGCUAGCCGAUGGCGGCCAAAGCAUACUGAGCACCAUACACCAGCCUAGUUCAAUUCUGUUUCAAGAAUUUGAUCGACUGUUGUUUCUAGCAAAGGGAGGUAGAACGGUAUACUUUGGCGAUAUUGGUUCUAACUCUGAGACUCUGUUGAAAUAUUUCUUCAGUCAUGGUGGUCGCGAAUGCGGUCAGGGAGAGAAUCCUGCUGAAUAUAUGUUGGAAAUUAUUGGCGCCGGCACGACUGGGAAAUCGAUUCAAGACUGGCCAACCAUAUGGAAUGAAAGCGCAGAAGCCCAGAACUUACAGCGAGAACUUGAUGCACUUCACAAAGCUAGUUCAGGAGACAACCAAAUAAAGGGAGAUGGCAACUCGGGAGAGUUUGCGAUGCCAUUUAUCAGCCAACUUUGGCAUGUGACCCUUCGAGUUUUCCAGGCAUACUGGCGGACACCGUCGUAUAUCUGGGGCAAGUUCAUGCUAAUUCUCAUCUCCUCAUUAUUUAUCGGCUUUACUUUCUUCGACUCCACUACCUCCGUGCAGGGCAUGCAGAACGUAAUUUUCAGUGUAUUGAUGUUGACAUCCGUUCUCACAGUCCUAGUAGAACAGAUUAUGCCGCGCUUCGUAUCACAACGCUUACUCUACGAAGUGCGCGAGCGCCCAUCCAAAACCUACUCCUGGAGCGCGUUUAUCACUGCCAACAUUCUUGUCGAGAUACCCUACCAAAUCCUCGUAGCCAUUAUAGUAUUCGCAACCUUCUACUACCCCGUUUUCGGGGUUCAAUCUUCUGAACGUCAGGGACUCAUUCUCUUCUUCUGCAUCAACUUGUUCAUCUUUGCGUCGACGUUUGCGCAACUGGUCAUCACCGUGCUUCCUGAUGCCGAAACCGCAGGGAACAUUGCGACACUGCUUCUCUCUCUAACAUUGACAUUUAACGGCGUGAUGCAACCGCCGUCUGCCCUUCCAGGGUUUUGGAUCUUCAUGUACUGGGCGUCGCCCAUGACUUAUUUCGUUUCUGGUGUCGUCUCGACUGGUCUGCACUCUCGUCCAGUAAAAUGCUCGGCAGCAGAACUGAGCGUAUUCAAUCCGCCGGCGGGCCGCACAUGUGGAGAAUAUCUUGCAAAAUUCUUGGAGACUGCGCCGGGAUAUUUGGAAAAUCACCUGGCAACAAAUACUUGCCGGUAUUGCCGGUUCCAGAAUGCCGAUCAAUUUAUAGGGCUCUCAUGGAUGAAGUGGAGUCUAAGGUGGCGCAAUUUCGGGAUCCUCUGGAUAUAUGUCGCGUUCAAUAUUGUCAUGGCCGCAUUUUUGUACUGGGCGUUUAGGGUCAGAGGAUGGUCUUGGGCAAGCACGAAGAAAAUACCCAGUCGAAUUGUUGGAAAUUUAGGCUUUGUCGGAUAUUGGUUGCGUGUUCUCUUUAAUAGGGGAGAGAAAAAUCAAAAGAGCCAGGAUGCUGAGGAAGGAGUUUGAGCUUUAAUUUUAAUUCCAGCUAGAAUAGUAACAUAUCUGGUUUAUGGAAAAUAUCAAGGG